AACACCUGAGUAUAAAGACACGUGACCUGAAUAAGAAAUGAAAUACAGACCCCUAGUGGUUUGGGUGGGUUAUCACAAAAAAACAUGAGACGUGUCUCUGACAACUUGUAAAACAAGUUUCCUUAUUUUUCCUUUCUGUUCCUGUUCCCACCAUGUGGGGUCAGUCCUGCUACACUCCUGCAUGAACUUGAACCUUUUAACCCACACUGGUCUUUCUGCGCCUCCAAGUCCUCCCUCCUCUGCUGCAGGUCGAAGUGCAGUCCACUCUCUGCUGUGUGUGUGUGUCCACUCUCUACUGUGUGUGUGUGUGUGUGUGUGUCCACUCUGCUGUGUGUGUGUGUCCACUCUCUGCUCAGUCAUGGCGCUGUGUCUCCUCGGAGCAGGACGCAUGUUUCAGUGCAGAGUGGCUGUGAGAAGAUCCACGUCCACGCUGCUGCAGCUGCAGUCACAUAACUCCUCAAUGGCCUCGGGCAGGCAGCGCGUUCACGGAGUGGAUCUGUUCUACGAGACGACGGGCACAGGGAAACACGCUGUGCUGCUGCUUCCCGGUGCUCUGGGAAGCACAAGGACAGAUUUUCAGCCACAGCUUAAUUCUCUCAGCCGGGAAAAAUUCACCAUCGUUGGCUGGGAUCCCCGUGGUAAUGGAAAAUCCCGUCCACCAGAAAGAGAUUUCCCCCCCGACUUCUACGAGCGAGAUGCAAAGGAUGCAGUGGGUCUGAUGAAGGCUUUGGGCUUCAGCAGGUUCUCUCUGCUGGGCUGGAGCGAUGGAGGGAUCAGCGCUCUCAUUGCUGCAGCAACAAACCCCGACCUCGUCCAUAAAAUGGUUGUGUGGGGGUCCAAUGCCUUCAUUACCCAGCAGGACCUUGACCUUUACAAUGGCAUUCGCGACGUGUCUAAGUGGAGUGCGAGGAUGAGGAAGCCCCUGGAGGAAGUGUAUGGAGCAGAAGUCUUUCCUAAACUGUGGGAGGCCUGGAUAGAUGGAGUCACACACUUUCUCAAAAGGCCAGAAGGGAGCAUCUGCAUGGAGUUUCUGCCCCGCAUCACAUGUCCGACCUUCAUCAUUCAUGGAGAGAAAGACCCGAUGGUGCCCACCUUCCAUGCUCAGUUUCUCUAUAAGAACAUCAAGGGAUCACGAUUAUAUAUGAUGCCAGAGGGUAAACACAAUCUCCACUUGAGGUAUGCUGACGAAUUCAACAAACUGGUGGAAGACUUUCUGGAAGAGUGACCGUUCACACAGUGAAAUAAAUAUUUCUGUGUUUUCAUGCUUCAAAGAUUUUUCCUUUGUUAAAUGAACUAUGGCUCAUGUGAAAUUAAAAUGAAUGUCCUUGCUCUCUGACAAUGCUAGCAGUUUAUAGAUAUUGUAAUUCACAGUUUUCCAGGCUGAGCCACAAAAAUUGGCAUCUUGUUCCACUUUUAAAUUUAUUUUUUUUGCUCUUA